AUGACCAACAGAAAGAAGCAGCAGCUGGAGCCCAAGGGCAGAAAGAUCACUCUGAAAAUGGCCAUUAACGCCCUACAAGUGACUGUCGAUGGAAAGCGUCGCUUGGACCUGAGCAACAUGCAGAUCGCCACGUUCCCGCGUUGCCUUCUGAAGCUGGCUGAUGUGGAUGAGCUGGACCUGAGCCGGAACCUUCUGCAGAGAAUCCCUGACAGCAUUGAGCAGUUUCUCAACCUGCGUUGGCUGGAUCUGCACAGCAACCAGCUGGAGGAGCUGCCGGCCACCAUCGGCAACCUGCAGGGCCUCCUCCACCUGAACCUGUGCAAUAACCAGUUGACCGCCGCUGGCCUACCCACCCAGAUGGGCCAACUGCGCAGGUUGCGCAGCCUCAACUUGGGCAUGAACAGGCUAGAGAGGCUCCCAUCCUCUCUGGGGGCACUCAGGGAGCUCCGGGAGCUGGGCCUCUUCAACAACCUGCUCACCCGCAUGCCGGACUUCCUAGACAGGCUGCCCCACCUCUGCAAGCUCAACACCAGCUCCAACCCCAUUGUGGAGCCAGGCGAUGGCAAGGAGCUGGACCCCAUCGUGAGGGUUCAAUUCCUGCACCUGGUGGACAUGGACUGGCUCUGUGAGUCCUGCCAUGAGAGGUGCACAUCAGAGCUCAAGAAGCUGGACAGACUCGGAGCAGUCAGUGGACAUGUCCACACCAAGCCCGCCUUCUCAGGGCUCGUCUCUCCAAAUUCUGUGGCAUUGGAGGACCAAGAGCUGUGGAGAUGA